AUGUUGGCGUCGCCUUUAUUUCGCGGCGCGUCGCGGAAGCGGCGGCCACUCGAGCGCGGUUCGGCCGGGCCCCGACGGCCGCCGAGCGGGGCCCGCGCGCUCCGCGGCGCAUUCGUCUCCGAACGCUCGACGGAAACGCACGCUAGUGACGCGCACGCAACGCGCGGGCGAAACUUCACACGGAACGCGGCGCGAACGCAGUGUAUCUGUGAUAUCGCAACGAGUUUUCGGUGGUGCGAUCGGACGCUCCCGUUCCGGUCUGUCGCUGUAAAAACAGUUCUGUAUUCGGCGUUUGUGUUGUUACGUUCUGGUGUCCAGCGGCUCAGCGAGUUGCCCGUGUCACGGUUUCAUCGCCGGGACGGCCGUGUUUGCGGGCUGCGCUGGGCGAGUGCCGACGCCCGUUAUAAUGUAACCGGCGCACGACGACGCGCUUCUCUUCUCAAGGUGUUUGCGAUGUGGUACACGUGGACCGCGUUGCUGCUGGUGUCCUGUGCACUGGUCGAGGCUGGGGAGGUCGAGGCUGGGGAGGUUGCCCAAACCGAGAGCGGCACGGUGACCGAAGCAGCGACGGACGCCCCCGCGCCGGUGGCGACCACCCGCCCCCCGCCGCGCACCCUCGACCGGCAAGCCGCCGAACUCGCCUGGAGGUCGUGGCUCCAGAGCCCCGAGAGCGGCAAUCCGAACGCGCCCCCGAGAAGGAUCACGACCAAGUCCCUGUUCAUCACGCCGCUCGUUUGCCCCAAGGGCCAACGGUUGGAUCGCAACGGCUGCGUUCAGGUGGUCACUGUCGACAAGGACGAGCACGAGCGUAUCUUACUCGAGCAUCUGAAUGCUUUAUUCACAUCGGCGCCUGGCAGCAGUGACGUGCAAUAUGACUAUGGUGAUGAGGAGCCUGGGCCUCUGCAGCUAUCCAUACCAAUUGGAUACGAUCCGCAAGCGACUCCGCUACACUCUCCAGACCAAGUCGAUACGGGUCAGGAUCUAAACUAUGUGAAAAUCGAUAAAAAGGGCGAAAACGUUCAAAAUAAUGACGCUAGCAUAGAAGCUGAAUUGGAACUUCUCAAACUCCAACAAACAAAUGACUCUAACAAUAAAACCACAACGAAGGGAGCGCACGUUGUAAGCCACAAUGUAUUGACCAAUUAUCUAGCUUAUCCUGAAAAGCCAAAGCGUGACAGCCCAAUGCUUAACUCAAGUGAAAUAGAAUCAUUAAAUACGACUGACCUUGGACAAAAAGAAGAAGUUUAUGGACAUGUAGGUGUUGAUCCAGUUAUAUACAAUACUGAUAUUAAAUAUCAACAACCUCUACAAACACAGUCGGAAAAUAGAGACGCAAUAAAAUCUCCGAUGCCGGAUAUAAAACCUAAUAACGUUUUAAAUGAUACUGAAACCAUAAAUAGUUCAACUAUACUGGAAGGCAACUCACAACUAAAUAAGAAAGAAGAUGUUAACAAUAAACUAAAUCCAGAACAAGACUAUUCAGACAUCGGAGAAGCAAUAAAACUAAUAAGCAGAUUUGCAGAAGUCACCACCGACGACAAUUUUGCUAAAUACCAACAAAACAAUUUGUCAAAAGAGGAUAGUAUUUUAGGCACACGCACUAAGCUUCAAUACCGCCGUAAUAAACCGAAACCAAGCGACUCUGAAGAGUGGCUCGGCAUAAUGCUAGUCCCA